CUUGUUUUGUUCGUUGUCGGGCGCUGGCAAAACGUUCGGUUUCUGCUCGCGACAGUCAGUUGCUCGGCGAACUGACAUUACGUUGACGUUUGCGUACAUGCGCUGUGUUUGUUUAUUUCGAGAUGUCAUCUAAAAUAAUGAAUGAUAAUUUUCAAAACGACACAAAAUUGAACGGUUUGAGUGGCACAUUCGGUGAUAAAACAUUAGUUCCAUUGAAUGCUAGGUAUAGAUCUAAAAGUUUGUCUAGUGAUAAGUUGAACCAAACAAAUGCAGAUCGAGCCGCGAUCUUGGAGGAUGUGGAGGCCCAGUACGUGACGGAUAAAUUAGAAACUCCCAGCUGUUUGAUUAAGAACAAAAUAAUGAAUCAAGGUGCACAAACGAUAAACAACUUCAAAGAUGGGAAGGCGUCGUAUGGGACGGGCACAGGUACGCCGACGCGCGGCCGCAGAGUAAUCUACUGUGUUCACGGCAACCCCAGCACAGGCUGCUGCGCUGUUAUUGAGCGCACCGAGCCCGACCACUCAGACCACCGCAACGGCAGCAUGUCAGAAGUCGAAAGACAUUGCCAUAGAUCUAGAAAUGAAGACAUAGACAAGCGGGCGCGGAGAAAACUUAUCAUUGCUAGUAUACUCUGCGUUAUAUUUAUGAUUGGAGAAAUUGUUGGUGGGUAUAUAUCGAACAGCUUGGCGAUAGCGACAGACGCGGCGCAUUUGCUCACAGACUUUGCAAGCUUUAUGAUAUCGCUGUUCUCACUGUGGGUCGCCAGCAGGCCGGCCACCAGAAAGAUGUCGUUCGGUUGGUACCGUGCUGAGGUGAUCGGCGCGCUGACGUCGGUGCUGCUGAUUUGGGUGGUGACGGGCGUGCUGGUGUACAUGGCGGUGCAGCGCGUCAUCUAUAACACCUUUGAGAUUGACGCAACUGUCAUGCUCAUCACCUCGGCCGUCGGCGUCGCCGUCAACCUCGUAAUGGGUCUGACGCUGCACCAGCACGGACAUUCGCACGGUGGGCACGGCCACUCCCACGGCGGCACCAACCCUGUACUCAACAACAAGGAGAGGAAUACGGAGUCUGACGCGGAGAGUGCGUCAUCUCAGAUGGGCGCGGUGUCGGGUCAGGUCGCGGGGGGGCACGGCCACGCCCACACGGAGAACAUCAACGUGCGCGCCGCAUUCAUACACGUGCUCGGCGACUUCCUGCAGAGCUUCGGCGUGCUCGUCGCCGCACUCGUUAUAUACUUCAAGCCGGAAUGGAACCUGGUGGACCCGAUCUGCACGUUCCUGUUCUCAGUACUGGUGCUCAUCACCACCUUCAACAUCAUCAAGGACACGCUGCUGGUGCUCAUGGAGGGCUCCCCGCGAGGCCUCGACUUCCAGGAUGUGGCCAACACGUUCCUGUCGCUGCCGGGCGUGGUGCGCAUACACAACCUGCGCAUGUGGGCCCUCUCCCUCGACAAGACCGCGCUCUCCGCACACCUCGCCAUACGUAGCGGCAUCAGCCCGCAGAAGGUGUUGGAGCAGGCCACCAGGUUAGUGCACGAGAAGUACAACUUCUUCGAGAUGACGCUGCAGAUCGAGGAGUUCAACGACGGCAUGGAGGAGUGCAGCCAGUGCAAGAUGCCGCAGGCGUAGCCAGCCCCCCCUCCCCCCACCGCACCUCCCACACCCGACCACAACCUACA